UCCUUCUCCUGACAUCUGUCGCCAAAGGAAUGACAGAGAAUGUCACCACCAAUGAGACAUCUACCACACCUGGAACCACUUUUGUGGCCAUUACACCAAGCUCAAAUUCAAGCGACAACCAGUCAACACCACCACCAUACACUUCUCCAUCGACUCCAUACAGUGUUACAUCACUGUCCAAUACAAGCACAGAUACAGGCUACACCAACCCCACUGCAACCACCACACCAGCUGCAGAUCACACACAGAGCAACAAUCACACUGCAACUACAAGUUCACAAGGCACACACACCAGCAACAACACCACUACGAUUACCACAACAGGUAAUGGCACAAUUACAAGUGCACCUAUCACCCACACAAGCAACGACACACCAAUGACUACACCAAUUACUCACACAAGCAAUGACACAACUAUGACUACACCAAUUACUCAAACUACCAACGACACAACAAUGACUACACCAAUUACUCACACAAACAACAACGUAACUAUGACUACACCAAUUAUGCACACAAGCAACAAUGUAACUAUGACUACACCAAUUAUGCACACAAGUAACAAUGUAACUAUGACUACACCAAUUACUGACACAAACAACACAGCCAUGACAACCCCAAUUAUUCCUUCGACACAACCAAACAUCACAGCAGGUCCAACACAAGCAACCACACAAACCAGCAACAGCACGACACAACAAAGCACAGUUACACCAGGAAGCUCGACAAACUCAACUCAGACCUCCCCUGAGACUCCUGCACCCAAUAGCACCACCUCGUCCUCCACCAUCAGCACCAACACAACACUAACAACUGGAACCCCACCCUCUACUUCCAACUCCACCUCCAGCAUUGUCCCUCCAACCACCUCCCCAGGCAAUAGCACCGAACCCCCAAGUGGAAAUACCACCACCCCUAGUCCCUCAACAACAACCCCAGGAGGCAAUACCACAGAAGUCACUCCUUCUACUACGCCAGCUAAUGGCAACACAACUGCUGCCACUGUCACCAGCAUGCAGCCAACACAGACCUCCACUGGCUCAAACACCACAGCUGCUCCACCCACCACCACUACACAGAGUCCAGUCAUUGUGUGCCCUUCCAUGCCAUGUCCACCUGAAAGUGUGUGUUUAAAUAGCACUUGUCAGUGUCUCUCUGGCAGUUUCCUGCAGAAUGGCCGAUGCGUACCUGCCCAAGUUUUUCCAGGUCAGCUCCACUUCUUGUCCUUGGACUUUAAGCCUGAAAUGAGUGACAGGUCCUCUGCAAUUUUCCAGUCAACAGCAGCCAGCAUCUCAGCGGCGCUCAGCGAUGCCCUCAAAAAUGAAAUAGGGUAUAAACGAUCUGAUGUCGUGCAUCUCCAACCAGGAAGUGUGCUCGCGUCAGUGAAUAACAUCUUUCAAAACACCGACGCUACUCAAGAGUCUGUCCAUCAGGCCAUUGCAGAGGCUAUAGCCAACCCAGGGAAUGGAUUUUUGACCAAUGUUACGUUCACAGAUAUAAACGUGUGUGCGCAGGUGCCACUACCCUGUGAUGCUGCGACUACAGUGUGCUCAAACACGGCUGGCCAACCUGUAUGUUCCUGCAAAGAAGGCUUCGUCAGCAGCGUGUAUUCAAACAACAGCUGCAAAGCUUGUCCAAGUGGGCAGAAGGCAGUGGGAAACACGUGUCAACUAUGUUCAUUUGGAUACUCCGGCUUCAACUGCAAUGACUCUUCUCUGCUGGCCGUGGUGGUCAUCUCCUGUGUACUCGGAGGAGUUCUACUCAUUACUAUCCUGGCUUUGCUCAUAUACUGCUGCUGUAAGAGAUGCUCAAACGCCAAGCCAGACUACAGCACCAGCCCAUAUGCACCAGAUCAUGUAAACCAGUCCUGGCCUGUAGGCAUCACCCCCAUCCCUCGCGCCACCACUAACUUGGAAGCAGCUAAUGCCAUGGAGAUGACAGAGGGGGGCAGCACUCGGGCAUUGGUGGACAAAAAGCAUCGGUCCAAUGGUUUGGGAUUUCAGCUGAAGAAGAAAGUAUGGAAAAAGUCAGGAUCAUACGACAUCAACCCAGGUGGAAUGAACACGUUCAAAGGUAAAAAUCCUUCUCGUUACUCGUACCUGGUUGAAGGCCGUGAGAAUCCAUACUUCUUACCAGGAGAUGAGAGGAAAAACUGAACAUCUGAUCAGCUGUGGACAGCGAGCAUAAGAAACUCUUGAUCAAGAGAAAAGACACUGGAUUUGAGACCGUGGGACAUUUCUCAUGCAGGACCAGAUUAUUUAUAUUAUAUUAUAUUUUUGAAAUCACAGCAAACUUGGAAAACUAACGGCCACCAAAGUGAUUUAAUCAUGAAGAAUUACAAUGGAACAUGUUUUUUAAAAGGUAGGUUUAUACCAUGUGUGUUCUUAUUGGUUAUAACCAGUAGAUGUAGCUGUUGCUCAAUAUAAAAGAUAAUGAAUCUGUUAUUUUUGUUGUUUUUUUUCAAAUGAAUUAUUCAGUAGUCUUUUCUUUCGUUUGUCAUCAUUGUAAUUGCACGAAAGUGUGUGUUAAGUUUACCACCAGGUUUAAUCUGAAAUCAACAGGGAAUUUAAAGUGGGUUUUUCUGGGGAUAGUAGAUAUUUUAUUUUAUCCAAAGGUUGUGAUUAUUUUAAAGAAAAAAAAAUCUUGAAUGACUUAAAGGGGGCUGGAUCCCUGGUUUUGAAUGUAUUUAAAAGCAAAUAUAAUGUGACAUUUAAAGCGGAGUGCUUUCUGCGUUUAUUGAAGCAGGAUUUGCUUCACGUGCCUUUUUUCGAAUUUCACGGUCUCUUUGACAAACAGAUGGAUCCAGGAUGUGCCAAUUAUCACAUGUACAUUUCUUCUCACUCUUGUGUGUAUAUAUAUAUACAUAUAUAUAUAUACAUAUAU